AUGGCUCUCUGUGCCCACUCAAAACUAACCAUCUUCUAUCAUCUUUCCUCCAGCAAAACCAUCAACAAUAAGCGCAACGGCCAUGGCCGACGAGGAAGAACAGGAAGGAACGUUGCUGCGAGUGUUCGGAUGAUGGCGUCAACCGAUGCGUCGAUCAGUGGAAGUGGCCAAGCACUGGGGUUUGAGGAGGGACAGCUUGAACGACCACGGUGGACUGGUCAAACUCCUCUCUCUCGCCUCGUUGGAGCCCUGAUUUCCUUCAAACCCCUCCACUCAGUCCUCAAGUUCGGAGCUAGACAAGUCCUCAUCAGUACAGCCGAAAAAACAAACAUUCCAUGGCGGGAAAUGACGAGAAAAAUAUUGGAGUCAGAUGUCUAUGAAGAGAUGGAGAGCAUCCAGGAUCCAUCCAUUGUGUACCCUGAUUAUAAACAAAGUUACUUUGCUGAAGGUAUAGAUAUUUGUUGGCAUAGCCAUGGGAACAGCAAGCAUCGAGGGUCCCAAAAUUAUUUCAACCCUUUCCAUGCCUAUGAUGAGGGCAACCUUUCCUGGCUGGCUGCAGCAGAAGCGGAGGCUGCAACUAUGUCAAUGGUGAGACGAGCAAUACCAAAUGCUUCUUCACUAGAUGAAGCAAAUCAAAUAGUUCGUGGAAAUUGGCUUCAGGCAAUUGAACAACAUCAUCAGCAGCAUUCAGGAAAUUCCAUGAUCAGAGACAUUCUUGAUAUUGGUUGCUCUGUCGGUGUGAGCACAAGAUAUCUUGCAGAUAAUUUUCCUUCUGCUAAAGUCACUGGGCUGGACCUAUCCCCGUACUUUCUUGCUGUUGCCCAAUACAAUGAAAAAUAUAGCACCCCAAGGAAGAAUCCAAUCAGGUGGAUACAUGCAAAUGGUGAAAGCACAGGCUUGGCUUCCAAAUCAUUUGACCUUGUUUCUAUUGCUUAUGUGCAUACGGUGAGUCAUGUUUCUUUCUGUAUCUCUACAACUCCAAUGGCUCUCUGUGCCCACUCAAAACUAACCAUCUUCUAUCAUCUUUCCUCCAGCAAAACCAUCAACAAUAAGCGCAACGGCCAUGGCCGACGAGGAAGAACAGGAAGGAACGUUGCUGCGAGUGUUCGGAUGAUGGAGUCAACCGAUGCGUCGAUCAGUGGAAGUGGCCAAGCGCUGGGGUUUGAGGAGGGACAGCUUGAACGACCACGGUGGACUGGUCAAACUCCUCUCUCUCGCCUCGUUGGAGCCCUGAUUUCCUUCAAACCCCUCCACUCAGUCCUCAAGUUCGGAGCUAGACAAGUCCUCAUCAGUACAGCCGAAAAAACAAACAUUCCAUGGCGGGAAAUGACGAGAAAAAUAUUGGAGUCAGAUGUCUAUGAAGAGAUGGAGAGCAUCCAGGAUCCAUCCAUUGUGUACCCUGAUUGUAAUUUCUCAAACCUUUCAAAUUCUCAUGUUAUGCAUAGACUGUAUAUGAUAUAUGAAUAUGUGGUGCUACUUUCGUGA